UUAAGACAAGAUGCAACUUAAUCUGCGUGGUCUGCUGCUGCUGCCCCUGCUGCUGCUGGUGCUGGUGCUGAGCCUGAACCUGUCGCUAACCGAGGCGCGACAUCAUGAGGGUCGCAUACCGUUUGACACCCGACCAUCGCCAUUCAAUCCCAAUCAGCCCAGGCCCGGUCCGUACAUAUAGCUCUGACGUGCUGAUGUCGUUAACACAUUAGUUUAAUUUGAUGUCAUUAAAGUCAGCUGAACAUCAAAGGCCUGUGCGUAAUAAAAUUAUUGAUAUU